AAUAUUUUAUCUUUUUACGGUGAUUGACCUAUAAAUUCGGUUGAGAGUAAUUGAAUUUAUUUUUAAAUAUAUUUUAAGCAUAACUUCCAUUGAGUUGUAAAUUUUAUUCUGUUAGUUAAAUCAAGUGAAAAUAGGAGAUGGAAUCAGUUAAAGCAGGGGAGAUGCAAGCAUGUGAAUCUAAUGAGGAAAAUGCAUUAAUUAUUGAUACAGAAAAAGAGUUAAAUCCAAAGGUGUCAAACAAUGGAAAUGAAGAGAUAGCAAGCUGUUCCAUGGACGACACAAAUGAAAAAAUUGCAUUGGUAAAACCGAAUUGUGGAGACAGUAUAUCGAUCGAAGUAGCAGUGGAAGAAAACAAAAUCACUGCAGUAAAAGGUGGAAAUGAAUUAAAUGAUAUUUUUCAUACACCCGAUGCAACUGACAGUGAAUCCGUGCAUGAUAAAUGUGAUGAAGAGCCAAUGAAUAUUGAUGAAAUACUCGAAAGUGUGCAUGCUGAAUCGGAUGUUGUUGCGAGCAGUGAUGAAUUUUGCGAAGCUCAAUCGCAUGCAGAUGAGGAAGAAAAUCAUCGAAUCGAUGGUGGAACACCGCUCAUUGAUGAAAAAAUUGAAACUAUCGAGCAAGAUGGUUUAUUGUCUGUCAAUGAGAAUCUGAACAUACUGCUAGAAGAGGAAUCAAUCGUAAUGCAUGACAGUGCACCAGAAAACAUUCAUUCGACGGACGAUAACCAAGUCGCUGAAAAUUCGGAGGGUGUUGACAAAAAACUAAAUGAAGCAGAAGCGGAUUCAGAAAAGGAUGCUAAUCCACCACCGAAAACAGACACACUAGACGAACUGCAUGAUAAUAAUGAGAUCGUUCUAAAUACAAAUGAUGCAACGUCAACCACUGAACCUAAUGAAAAACCAGUCGAUGAAGCUAUUGCAGUUACUGUUGAAAAUACAGAUCAAAAUCUUAUAGUUCAACAAGGCAAUGAUAAGACGAAUAACAAUUUCGAAGACGAUUCUACAAUGGAAGAAUUUGAUAAUAUUUUAGAAUUUUUGGAAGAAAAUGAAGAGAUUUUUGCAGGAGCCGAUGAGAUGACCAAUAUAAACGAAGUCAAAAUCAAUGAUGCCGAAACAGAAGAACAAUCGAACAUUACGAAUGACGAAGAUUUCAUUUUGAAAUUGACGGAAAAUGUAGAAAAAAUACUCGAAACUAAUGAAAAAAGUAUGUCCACGUCUAUAGCUGCCACGACCAAUGGAGAUUCAUCUUCAGAAGCAGAACAAAUACCAGAGAAAGAAGUGCAAGGGCAAGAAGAACAAGAGUCGAAGCCACUGGAGAAUUCAGUAAAAUCAGAAGGGAAAAUGCCAGUGCGUGAAGAAUGUUUGAAUGUUGAUUGUACAAAGAAAAGUGAAAUUUUUCACGAGGCAACGGAAUUCGUUAUUAAUCACUUUCAUUUAAAUAAACGUUCGAAAAAAACUAUGUUUAUUUGCGAUGAAUGUUACGAUGCUGUUGUUGAUUCAUAUGGUGAACUAUGUGCUGCAUUGGAGGAUAAACAGCCGCUCUUCCUUAAAAAUAUCAAAUAUUCUGAGUUAGUUGAAAUCAUUGAUAGCAGCGAUGAAGAAGAUGAUGAUGACGAUGGACGAAAUGAUAGUACAGAAAAUAAUCAUUCAUUUGACGCUGAGACAUUGGCUUUAAUUGAAGACAAUUUGGAGACUAUUAUAAAGGAAACAUUGGAAAAGGUCGAUAUCGAUCAACAAAUGGAUUGGAAUCGUCAAAUUUUGGGGUCUACUGUUGAGAACAACGAAAAAAACUUUUCCGAAAUGAUGAAUGAAAUGCACGAUUUACAGUCUCGAAUAGAUAAACUAUACAAAAAUACAUACAGCUUGAAACACACACUUACGGAAGACAUACAAUCACUCGAUCUCACGACAAUGUCAAUCACUCAAAUAUGCAAUGAUAGUUAUCCACCGCCUUAUCCAGGCGAUUUAAAACACCCAGAUAUUGAAUACAACACACUCUAUUAUACAUUUCGCGCUAAGCUUACAUCACGCUGGCUACCUUGCAAGGUGACCGAUAAAAUUGAAGUAAAUGGACAAACUGAAUACACAGUUAGAUUCUGCCGAGAACGAAUAAACUCCACCAAUUUCAAGUCAGUUUUACGAAAACAUUUGGCGUAUGGUCGGGUUCCUGAUUAUCGCUUAAAUAUUGGAACGCGUGUAAUCGCUGUGUUUGAUAAUACCGACAGCAAUUCCCGAGAUAAAUCUUUGCCAAUCAAAAAUAACUUUUCGCCAGGCGUUAUUGCGGAACCUCUGAGUUUAUACACAAACUGGCGGUAUUUGGUCUUUUUUGAUGAUGGAUGGGUACAGUAUGUGCAUCAUGAAAAUAUUCGUGUCGUUUGUGAAAACACCGAAAAUGUCUGGGAGCUAAUUGAAGAGCCGGGUGCAAAAACAUUCAUUGAAGGUUAUGUAAAGGAAUGCAAAAAGAAGCGUCCCAUUGUUCAGGUACGAACCGGACAACGGAUUCAAACGGAACUGAAUGGAAAGUGGUACAAUGCAAUUGUCAAUAAGGUGGAAGGUAGUUUAGUUCAGGUAUUUUUUGAAGAGACAAAACGAUAUGAGUGGAUUUAUCGUGGCUCCACACGUCUUUUCCCACUCUACAAGAAACUCAAUCAUAUAAUAAUGUCUGCAACAAAUCGACAUGAAGCAACUAUUGAAUAUAUCGUAAUUGACGAUGAUAAAGAACCAGAACGAUCAACAGAGCCACCGGUUGAAGAAAAAUCUCAACCCAAGACACCACCAUCGAAAACGGCAACAAUUCAACGAACAUUCGCAUCACAGGCAGCACGAGAUACACCACAACAAAAGCAACGUGAACAAAAACGUGCCGUAGCAAAGAAAAGUACAGUAUCCCAACCAAAACCAACAAUAACACACAUGAACAACUCUACAAUCUAUGUAGAUGAAGACAAGCCAAAAGGUAAAGUUGUAUAUUAUACAGCCAAAAAACAUAUUGAUGUAAAAAAGUACAUCAAUCACGGAUGCAAGCCCAACUGUUUGAUAGAGGUUCAACACAAUUUAACCACGUAUUCACCAUUAUCGAAACCACUUCUGUCUGGUUUUGAACGUCAGAUUUGUAAGACUAGAUUCAAUAAAAAAUAUGUUGUCUACAAAGCUCCAUGCGGGCGACGUCUUCGUGACAUGCCCGAAAUGCAUAAAUAUUUGCGAUUGACCAAUUGUAAAUUAAAUGUAGACAAUUUCACAUUUGACCCAUUGAUCCAUUGUUUGGCUGAGUACGUCAUUGAAUCAUAUGUCAUGAAAAAGCCAGAUUUAUCAGAUGGAAUUGAAAAAAUGCCAGUACAAUUGGUCAACUGUUAUGAUAGUACCAUGCCACCACCAUGUACAUAUUCUGCUAAACGCAUACCUACUGAAGGCGUCGGUUUAAUUUGUGAUUCAGACUUCUUAUGUGGCUGCGAUUGUACCGAUGACUGUUUGGAUAAAGAAAAGUGUGCAUGUUGGAAAUUAACGUUACAAGGUAUAAAAUAUGGAAAUCCUGAUACACCUAUUGAAGAUGUUGGUUAUCAAUAUAAGAGGCUCAAUGAACCUGUCCCAACCGGAAUUUAUGAAUGUAAUAGCCGAUGCAAAUGUAAAUCAAAUUGUCUUAAUCGGGUCGUUCAGCAUCCGAUACAACUGAAAUUGCAAGUGUUUAAGACUGUGAAUCGUGGUUGGGGGCUCAGAUGUUUGAAUGAUGUACCAAAGGGCAGCUUCAUCUGCUGUUAUGCUGGAAAUUUAUUAACAGAAACGGCGGCCAACGAAGCUGGAGGAGAUCUAGGUGAUGAAUAUUUUGCUGAACUUGACUAUAUUGAAGUUGUUGAAAACAUGAAAGAAGGUUAUGAGCCAGAUGUUGUUAACGAUGAAAAUGAUUCAUCUGGAUCAGAGGAUGAAGAUUUUGAUGUUGAAAUGGAAUCAUUACGUACGCGUAACGAUGACAGUGACGACGAAUUUGUUGCCAGAAGUUAUACUGCAAGUGAAGAUUCGGAAAGUAGACGAUACAGUACACGAAACUCGGUCGAUAAACGCAAAAAGACGGAUCACGCGACAACCAAAGAAUCAGAGAAACGUAAAGAACGUACCAGUUCAUCGGAUGAGGACGGUGACGAUGUAAGACAGGUGAAAAAUUUUAUGGCCAGUAACACAAUGCCUGUGAACGAAGAUGCGGACGAUGAUCAAAAUAAAUCAAUUCGAAAAUUCUUUGGAAAAAAUGAAGCAGUUUACAUUAUGGAUGCUAAAAAGGCUGGCAACAUCGGCAGAUAUUUUAAUCAUUCUUGCGGGCCAAAUCUAUUCGUGCAAAAUGUAUUCGUCGAUACGCAUGAUUUAAGAUUUCCAUGGGUGGCAUUUUUUGCAUCUACACAUAUUCGGGCCGGUACUGAACUCACUUGGAAUUAUAACUACGAAGUGGGAAGCGUUCCCGGGAAAGUGUUGAUUUGUCAAUGCGGCGAUGAAAAAUGUCGUGGUCGCAUUUUGUAAUUUCAUUUUAUCAAGAAAGUUUCAGUCAUUUAAUGUUUUAGCAAUGAAAUAAAUUUAAAUGAAAGAAAUGA